AUGGCGGAAGUUCUGGGCAUAGGAAUAAGCGCAACUACACUUGUGGUGCAGCUUAAUGAUGCCCUCAAACUUUUCGCGGAAGUCAAAGGUGCUCCUAAGAAAGUCCGUGAGCUCAUCAGCUCUCUGGAAAACUUGAACGGUGUAAUGUCAAAUAUCAAAGCAGAUCCGGCCUACCAGCAAGAGGAAGUCGCGAAACGGCUCCAACUGCUGAUCGAUCAGAUCGAGAAACUUUCGUGUGCACUGAACAAGGCCUCAAAAAGCCCACAAGACUCACCAUUCAGGAAAGCCACAAAGGCUAUGAGAGCUGCUUUGCUAAGUUCCAAAAUUGACGGGAAACUGGCCCAAAUCAGCUUCGACAAAAGCUCUUUGGAUACGCUCCUUGCUCAACUCAACACAAAACAUCUCGAACAAUUAAUUCAAAGCCGAAGCUCAAAUGCUGAACGUCUUGCAUCAUCUCCCAAUGACUGCAUUGCGCCUGAGGUUGAACGAGAUACCUGUCUCGGGGAACUGGGUAUUUCGAGCCCGAAAGGCGAUCGCGAAAGAAUGAAGACAGAAAGGCUUCAACAGUGUGCCGGCACCUGCACAUGGAUCAUACAAACCUCUCAAUACCAGCAAUGGCAAGAUCCGGGCUCUCAGUCCCGACUCCUUUGGGUAUGCGGGCGAGCUGGACAAGGGAAGACAGCACUGUCAAUCUUUGUCACUGAACAUCUCGAGGCGGUUGCAAAUUCACGAGCUCAGUUGUUGACCUACUUCUUUUGUGACUACAAACAAAAGAAUCAAACGAGCGUCUCUGCGCUUCUUCGAGGGAUGAUGUACCAGUUGCUCGGCAAGAAGCCAGAGCUGAUUCGAUGCAUCCUACCUGAGUGGCAGAUUCACCAUUCGAGCCUAUUUGAGCCGAAAUAUUUCGAGAGCUUGUGGGAAAUCUUUCGAACGAUGAUAGAUGAAACCAAUACGACUGUCUAUUGUGUACUGGAUGGGAUCGAUGAACUGGAGUCAGAGUCUUUGAAGUGUCUGCUUUCGAAACUGGAGCGGCUUGAGGACACCGUGCCUCCAAAGCUAAAGCUAAUGGUUUUCAGCAGAGACUUUCCGCCACGCAUCAAUGCCGCCUUGUCGGCUUAUCCCAAGAUCCAGCUAUAUUCGGAGUCCAGCACAGAUUUAAACUUCAGCAAACAAAUUGAGAACGACGUUAAAACAUUGAUCAGGACUGAAGUCAACAAGUUGUCUCGAAUCAAGCACUACCCAGAGGAAUUGAAAACACAUGUCUUUAGGACUUUACAACAACGCGCACACGGGACAUUCCUCUGGGUGGGCCUUGCUGUCAGCUUCCUGCGCGAGGUGGACCUUUCCGCCACUGAAGCGGCCCUCAAUGAUCUCCCACCCGGACUUGACGCCCUCUACCGCCGUAUAAUAUUCUCAAUUAGCAAGGAGAACUCAGCUCUUAUUGGAACCAUGCUCAUGUGGGUCGCACUUGCCCGAGAACCUCUGUCGCUUGCCCAGCUGGGUUUUGCUCUCAAGCUGGGUCCAACCCCGAAGUUGGAGCUGGAUGUGGUGACAGAGGCCAAGGUUAAGUUGUCCCAAGGCCUCCUUUUGAUCAACAAGGGCUUUGUUGCGCUCGUGCAUGUCUCCCUGAAAGACUACCUCUUGCAGAAUGAUCUUGAGUCCGAAGACGGCUUGAGGCCAUUCCGAAUCGAUGCAGAUGAAGGAAACUGCAACAUUGCCAAAAGGUGUAUUGAAGUCAUGAACGUGGAUAAUUUUGACGACGAAAUAUUUCAAGAAAUGGAAGAACAAGGUUUCCCUACCACAGAUGACACAGAUGGCGAAGAUAACAUUUAUGAGUCGGUUCCUGAUGAACCCGAAGAAGAUAUCCCUGCCACAGACAACGAAAAUGACAUAUACGAGUCAGUUCCUGAUGAGCCUGCCAAAUACCUUUUCGAAAGGUAUGCGGCCUUCAAUUGGCUAUAUCAUGCACGAAGAUCACGAACUUUCGGGACAAAUGGUUCCAAACUCUUCAGUGCGUUCUUCGACAGUUCCACUUCUCUUGGAUACCUCUGGCUUAAAUGUUACUGCGAAGACAAUAUUUUGUAUUCUUCCACGCUAGAGUUAUUAGAAGGCGAUUUACUGGAACACCAAAAAUUGACAGAACUGCGCCGUGGUGCAGACUUCGUCGCAGCAGCGGCUCUUGGUCUCUCAAGUUUGGCCAAGGAGCUUCUACCAGAGUCACAUUCCGAAGAAGAUCGCAAGAAGAAUUCGGAUUGUCUUACUUUGGGUCUAUGGGCUGCUGUUGAUGCAGGAGACACAGCCACUUUGCAGCUUUUAAUAGAUCUUGGGCAAGACGUCAAUGCCCGAGAUCGCUAUCAGAACACACUCUUGCACACAGCUGUCUGUGACCGCCAAAAAGAAAUUGUGGCAGCUUUAGUGGCAAAUCACGCAGAUAUAGAGGCGAAGGAUCGCUGGGGCUGCGCGCCCCUACAUAAAGCUUGGCCUAGCCCUGAUAUCCUCACACUAUUGCUCAAAAGUGGAGCAAACAUUGCUGCUCAGGACGAGUACGGCGAUACCGUACUUCAUAUGGCAGCUCGAAUCGGAAAUGCAGUUGCUGUGAGAGCACUUUUAGAGGCAGGCAGUGAUGUCAAUGCUUGCAAUUUCUGCAAACAAACUGCUCUCCACAAAGCGAGUCUCGCGAAUAUACAAUCUCCGUAUCCUGAGCCCAUGAAUGAAUUCAAAUCCAUGCGGGAUCAGAUGUCCCAAGGAAAGUCUAUACUUGAGAUUGAUCUCCGGAUACAUGCGGCGAUGGGUGGACUGGAGACUGCAAACGUGCUCUUGGGUGCAGGGGCGGACAUUGAGGCAAGCGACCACAAGAAAAGGACCCCUUUUUUUUCCGCGGUGGAAUCCAGAAACUUCAGCGCUGUCCGGCAAUUGCGAGAGUAUGGAGCUCGAAUAGACAUUAUAGACGAGCAAGGGAAGACGCCACUACACGAAGCCGUGACAUCUGUGCAGCCUGCGAUGGUACUGUUUCUAUUAGAAGCAGGAGCUGACCCCUUCGCAGCGGACAACGAUGGCGAAACCCCUCUGGCAGCGGCAGAGAGAUUGAUGAAAGAGAAACAGCUGGCAAUAGAGGAGGCCGGGGAAGAAACCGAUGAGAAUGAACGUUAUCUUCCAGUCAUGCCAAAACCGGACCCCCGUGAAGACCUGGAGGUGCUGAAGUGGAUUAUUAUAAUCCUUACGGAAGUGAUGCAGAUGCAGAUUGACAAUCACAUCGAAACCCCGAGCUCGAUCGAGCCAAAGUCGUUGGAGCCAGUAGCUACUCAUAUACGAAGCGGCGAACCUACCGAACAAGCAGCAGUAUCGGUGAUCGAUAGCAGUAGUAGAAGCGAAAAUUGUGCUUUGCUCCCGUCGCCAACACCAGUCAAGAUCGAUUCGGGAAUUUCAGUUAUUGACACUGCCAUUUGA